AUGCCUCUCAUUAACGAAUCCCACGACUCUCUGCCAUACAUUGAUGCCGCACCCACUGCCUCCGCGCAAGCGCAAGCGCAACAGCUCAUCAAUGCAGACCUAUCCUCCGAGCAUGCUACUACACUACACCCUUGGAUUCCAGAAGCACGAGAACCCAAGUUCACCCCGUUCAUGCAACAAGAAAUCGCUCGCAAAGCGCAAGGAGCACCCCUCACAGGCGGAAUCGACCUAUCCCGUUACGAAGCACCAGAAGGCCCAACUCGCACAUCAGACACCGAUGCACCCAAUCUAGACGAAUGGCGCCAGACCCUACAGAAGGCCUACGCGUCAAGCUCGCAUCUGUCCAAGCGCCACGAGAACCUGACUCUGCUGGAAGAGUAUGGCAAGAAUGCGUGGCUGAUUGGCAAUUCGCAGCUUGAGGAGAUUCUCGGUUCUCUGGAGAAGGAGCUGGCAGAAACGAAAGAGGCUGCCGAGGAAGUGAACAAACAGAGAAAGAUUGCACAGGAGGCGAGCCAGGGCGAGCUGGUUGGUCUGGAGGAGACGUGGAAGCGUGGUGUCGGUGCGAUUCUUGAUGUCGAGCUUGCGUCGGAGGGUCUGCGCAUGCAAAUUCUUGAGCAUCGGCGGCAGAUGGCUCAGCAGCAGGCGCGCUAA